UUGAGUUUAGUUGAGUUGAGUUGAAUUAAAACUCUUUAUGUUUCACAUUCACACACUAUUCCCCUCCAUAUAUAGUACACUUUGAGUUUCAACUUUUAAACCAUUAUACCACUAAAACUUCUUUCAUCUCUCUUUCUCUCUUAAUCAAUAGCUAUAAUCAUGAAUAAUUUUCAUCCUAAUACUUUUCUUCACUUAAACCAACCAGAUAAUGAGAAUAUUCAUCAUCUGAAUCUAGAUCUUGUUCUUGAACCUUCUUCUUCUUCUUCAUCAUCAUCUUCAUCUAUGGAGCAAAGGAUAUUCUCAUGCAACUAUUGUCAAAGAAAGUUUUAUAGCUCUCAAGCUUUGGGAGGACACCAAAAUGCUCACAAGCUUGAAAGGACACUUGCAAAGAAGAGUAGGGAGAUGAGUUCAGCCAUGCAAUCUUCUUAUGCUGAAUUACCAGAACACCCUUCAAACUUUUCUACUAAUUACCAUCUUGGAAGUCAUGGAAAUGCUCAUCUUGACAACAACUAUAGACAAGGUCAUGUGAUGAGGCAUGGUGGAAGAAAAGAUCAGUUUAGUUAUGGUAAUUCUAAGGAAGGUGGGGCUUCUUGGUCAAGGGGUUAUAAUAGUAAUUCUGAAAAUGUUCAGGAGGAUAUUAGCCAACUUGAUUUGUCCUUAAGGCUUUGAAAUUCAUUAAAGUUACUAGAAAAAGUUGAAAUAAUUAAGAACGGAAAUUAGAGACAGAGAAAAAUAAAUUGGUCACCGAAAUAAAUUAGAAACAAAUUUUUUCUGUCUCUAAAUUUCCGUGGCUACUUCAACUUCUUUCAGUAGUUUAUAUACAUAGUUUGAUUGAAGGUGCUUAAGGCUAUAACAAUUAUUUGAAGUGUCAAUUUUUAGAAGAUAUAUGAGGAUAUGUGAACUGGCACUUUUUCUUGAGAAGGUAAGUUAAAGGAAACUGAGUUUCAGGUUACAUAUUAGGUUUAUACUAGUAUGUUGAAGACUGUUUUUGUAUUUAUGGUUUUCAUUGUAUGUUCUUGUA